UGCCGCUCGGGUCGCCAUGCGCGCGCUGCUCCGGCUGUGUCGCGCGGGCUGCGGGGGUCGCGCGGGGCCGCUGGUGGCCGGGGCAUCCCGCCGCGCCAUGGCCGGGUUACGCACGGAGGAGCGCGGCCGGCUCGGCUCGCAGGACUUCCGCGUCUUCUUCAAGAAUGCUGCUGGUCACUACAUUUCCCCCUUCCAUGACAUCCCUCUCAAGGUUGAUGCUGAAAAGGACAGGGGCAUUCCUACCAAGAAAGCAAGGAGUGAAGGCGAUGAGAAUUUGUUUCAUAUGGUUGUAGAAGUGCCUCGGUGGACCAAUGCUAAGAUGGAGAUCGCCACAGAGGAGCCCCUGAAUCCCAUUAAGCAGGACAUGAAGGGCGACAAGCCCCGCUAUGUGGCCAACGUCUUCCCCCACAAGGGUUAUAUAUGGAACUACGGUGCCCUCCCUCAGACUUGGGAAGAUCCUCACUAUAGAGAUGGGAACACAGGCUGCUGCGGAGAUAACGAUCCCAUUGAUGUUUGUGAAAUAGGCUCCAAGGUUCUUUCCCGUGGAGAGGUCAUCCCUGUGAAGAUCCUUGGUGUCUUGGCUCUCAUUGAUCAAGGUGAAACUGAUUGGAAAUUGAUUGCUAUCAAUGUGAAUGAUCCUGAGGCCCACAAGUUUCAUGAUAUUGACGAUGUCAAGAAGUUCAAGCCAGGGUACCUGGAAGCUACUGUUCAUUGGUUGAGAUUUUAUAAGGUGCCAGAGGGAAAGCCAGAAAACAAUUUUGCUUUUAAUGGAGAAUUCAAAGGCAAGGCUUUUGCUCUUGACAUCAUUAAAUCUGCUCAUGAAUGUUGGAAAGCACUGCUUAUGAAGAAGUGCGAUGCAGGGGCUAUAAAUUGCAUAAACGCCCAGGUGUGUGACAGCCCUUUCCGCUGCACGCAGGAGGAAGCAAGAUCCUUGGUUGAACUGGUCUCACCAGCUUCCCCGAGUAAAGAAAGCAAUGGAGAAGAGCAAGUGUGGCACUUCCUUGGCAAAUGACCGGGACCUUCGAAGCUGGCCGCCAAGAUUUUCCCCUCUGAGACCCGCCAAGACUCCUUUCUCCUUCAGGGCCUGAGACAGACAGGCUGGGCUGUAGGUGACUGCUCACUGCUUACUCGGACAUGACUGGUGUUCAAGCUUUUGGGAUGCUCAAUAUAUAAAUAAACAUCCAAAUUUUUGAUUUUA